AUGUGGCAGUGGUUGACAGCAUAUUUGAAUGGAAGUAAAUGGACGGUCCCAUUGGAAAGUGUGAAGUGUUUAAAGCCUGGUUUUAAAGGUGUUUAGGGAAAAGUACAGGACUACUGACAUAACUACAAUGAGAAGACUGAGCAGAAGAAAUACUAUCGAUAUAGUGAAAGAACUAGAUGGCUUUCCUAAGGUUUCAGAGAGCUGUGUUGUAACAUCAGCUUUUGGAGGCACAGUGUCACUGAUUGUUUUCAUCCUCAUGGCACUUCUGGCCAUAUCAGAGUAUCUUGUGUACCAGGACACAUGGAUGAAAUAUGAAUAUGAAGUAGACACAGAUUUUACCAGUAAAUUGAAGAUAAAAAUUGACAUCACAGUUGCCAUGAAAUGUGAAAAGGUGGGUGCAGAUGUGUUGGAUAUUGCUGGCACUGUCAUUGCAUCAAAGGAACUGAAAUAUGAUCCUGUUAGCUUCGAGCCCUCUCCACAGAGACAAAUGUGGUAUCAGAUAUUACAGCAGAUUCAAAACAGACUGAGGGAAGAGCGUUCACUUCAAGACGUACUCUUUAAAUCAGCGUUGAAAGGAUACUUUUCUGACCCAGUUCCAGGAAAUGAUUCUGAAUCCGAAUCCCAGAAAGCAUGUAGGAUACAUGGACAAAUCUAUGUCAGUAAACUGGCAGGGAACUUCCAUAUCACACUAGGCAAACCAAUUGAAACUAUCAAAGGUCAUGCCCAUUUUGCUUUAUUAAUCAAAAACGAAGCAGUAUAUAACUUCUCACAUCGAAUAGAUCAUUUGUCUUUUGGAAACGAUGUUCCUGGACACAUCAAUCCCCUUGAUGGCACGGAAAAAAUUGCAUCAGAGCAAAAUAUGCUGUUUCAGUAUUUUAUCACAGUUGUUCCCACCAAACUGCACACAUCGGAUGUUUCAGUGGACAUGCACCAGUUUUCUGUUACAGAAAGGGAGAGGGUUGUAAGCCAAGAGAAAGGCAGCCAUGGUGUAUUUGGGAUCUUUGUUAAGUAUAAACUGAGUCCAUUAAUGGUGAGGGUGAGCGAGGAGCAUAUGCCUCUCUCUGUGUUUCUUGUGAGAUUGUGUGGCAUCAUCGGGGGAAUCUUUUCAACUUCAGACCUGCUUCACAGAUUGAUUGGGUAUUUUGUUGACAUUAUCUGCUGUCGUUUUAAACUUGGUGCAAAUCAGUCCAAGGAGGUGAGCCACUACAUUUAGAAGUCACGAUGCAUGACUCUCUCUUGAAAAAGUAGGACAAAGUACAACUGAUCUGACUAAUUGGGUUCUGUGUUUUUCAAGGUUCUCCCAGGUUCUCCCUGAUUAGGACAGCCUGGAACAUUUUCAGUAUUCAUUUGACAGAGGCCUUUAUCCAAAGCGACAAAUGAGAAGCAUACAUCGGCCUUGGAUAGCAGAAACCAACACAGAUUAUUUGAUAUGCCUCCACCCAAAUGCAAUUCCAUAUGUUUAUAUACUUUUCAUUUUUCAUAAUUACAUAAUCAUUCUUUCAAUAAGUGGACAAAGACAAGUUAAAAUCUCCCAUUGUUAAUUACUUUCUAAUUUUUGUAAUGUUUGUCAGACAAUCUAAAAAUGCCAACUCUGUUACCAUGAUUUUGUGUUAGUAAGUAAUAAAUGAACAGUGGAUAUUUUAUUUUACACAUGUCAGAAUUAAAUUCUCUUUCAAAGAA